AUGUCCUCCAUUGUUAGAUAUUUAGACCGGUUCCUCAUAGCUUUUGCCAAACGCGCCUCAACGACAGAGGUUUUUCAAGACCUCGCAAGGGGCCUAGCUAGGCCCAGCGAAUGCGAAGCAGUGGCCGACGACUGCGGGAGGACCGAAGGAGGCCGCCAACAUCGACUGCCGAGAAAAGUACCGAACAAACCCUCACCGAACCCGAUGGCAACAAACGAAGAGACCAACGCUAACGCUUUGGUGACCCAGACGUGGUCGAGUCCACCGGAAAGACCAGAGGCGAUCCAGGUCUUGAUCUUGGGCGUCGAAAGAUACGACCCAACUCAAGUUCAGGUGCUCGAGGACUACCUGACCCAGCAAUGCAAUCAGGCCUUCUACGACCCCUUGGCGAACUUCGCCACCUUAAAACUGUAUCAAUUUAACCCUGAUCUGGUCCCCUUGGCCGCUGAGGACCCAAGCAAUCCCAUCGAAGCUAUCCAUGACUCGAUCACUAUCAAGAUCCUUCUCUUGAGUAUCGUGCAUCGACCGUUCGAUAGUGACUUUAACUUAUGUUUAAGUCUAUGUGGCGAUAGAAUGUCGAGUUUGCUGACGCCCCAGGCGACAUUAAACCUGAUUGAACUACUAUCGAAGCUAUCGCGAACGUUGCAGACACGGCAGUUCAUGAAGUUCUGGGCAGAUCUCAAGUCAGAAGAGUAUGAGCCCUUGGGCCCAGUGGUAGGCAGCAUUGGCCAAUUUGCGGAGCUGGUCCGACGAGCAAUCGGCCGCAGCGUCGCCAGCUGCUUCCGGUCCAUCGACCGCACCAGGCUUGCCGCCUACCUCGACCUCAAGGAUCCCGCCCUCCUCCAGGACUGGGUCCAAACUCAGGCUUGGUCCUUCGACGGUGACAAGGUUGUGAUCCCUAACAACUCCGAUAAUUGUCCCGUCACAGUUGUCAUUAAGGAAAACACUACCAUCGACGAUUUGCAACAAUUCAUCACCAAAUCCAUCGUUUGUUAA